CAUCACCUCGUAGUUGAUCGUGUAAUAUAACAACCAUGAGUCAAGGAAUUCCAUAUCUUGGCAGCAAAAUAAGCCUAAUAUCGAAAGCAGAAAUUCGAUACGAAGGCAUAUUAUAUACCAUUGAUCCUAAUGAAUCUACCGUCGCACUCGCAAAAGUGAGAUCUUUUGGUACAGAGGAUAGACCAACUGAUCGUCCUGUACCACCAAGAGAUGAGAUCUUUGAAUACAUCAUAUUCCGUGGCAGUGACAUUAAAGACUUGCAUGUUUGUGAGCCACCUAAACAACAACCAAUGGGGGGCCUUCCACAAGACCCUGCCAUCGUCAAGUCAUCUCAGCAGUCAGGUGGCCCUCCUUCCUUCCAAACUUCAUCCAUGCCCAGUUACCAUGCACAGCCCAGCUACCAGCCUUUUCCAUCACCUGGAGGCUAUCCUCAUUAUUCUCAACCUGCUGUGCCUCCAUCUUCUGGCUUUGCUCAGCAACCUCCUCCACAGACAGGUUCCCGGGGUACAUCUCCCUCAUACACUAGAGUCUCUCCCAGUGCCGAGCAGGGCAGUCAGGUUGGGCCAGUCCAGUCAUCACAAUCUGGGUCACGUAGCUCUACACCUCCUCCGAGUGGUAAAUCACCAACUUUGGACCAGGGGACACAGUCAAGCCCUGAUAAGACUGGGGCAGGAGAGGGAUCACACAAUCAGCACGUGCAAAGUUGGGGCAGCAGUCGGGGUCAUCAAGAGACGCGUGUAGAACAGCAUCGGCGUGGGGGAGGAGGUCAGAACCAGCGCACAGGCAACAGGCAGCAGCAGCAGCGUGCUUCUCAAGCUGUUCAUGGUCAAGGGCAGAAUCAAAUGAGUCGUCCUCGAAGUGCAGGGCGUGGCAACAUGGCACCACGUGGUGGUCAACAAGGUGGCCAGAGAGGUGGGUCUGCCCAGCGUCAAAGUGCACGUGGACGAGGAUCCAGAAGGCAGAAUGCAGAGUCUUUGAAGUUCGAAGAUGAUUUUGAUUUUGAGAGUUCUAAUGCCCAGUUUGACAAAGAUGAAAUUGAAAAGGAACUGAAACAGAAACUAACCAUCAAUGAUAAACAAGUCAAUGGCGACAAGGAGGGGGCAGGGACAGCAGAAGAAGCUGAGGAUACUGGGGAAGAGGAAGAAGAUAAUGUUGUGUACUAUGACAAGGCCAAGUCAUUCUUUGACAAUAUCAGCUGUGAAGCCACUGCCAAGUCUCGUGGAGGUAAUCGCAUAACCUGGAGAGAAGAGCGUAAACUGAAUUCAGAGACUUUUGGCAUUCCUGUUUCGCGUCGUGGCUGGAGAGGUAGAGGUGGUUAUCGAGGCCGUGGAGGGUACAGAGGGCGUGGAUAUGGUGGUUUCCAGAGAGAUAAUUAUAAUCGAGACAACUUUAGUGGCCGUGGAGGACGGGGCAGAAAUUCAGGUGGGCCAAACGCAGAAGAAAGGUCCAAUUCAGCUAACAAGACUCAAGGCGUUACAGCAGCCUCCUAGACAACUACAUGAUAUAAUAACAAGAUGAAGAACAGCACACAAUAAAUUCAGGCUAGAGAACUCAUCUGGUGUCCGUGCACCUGCAUCCACAAGAAGUGCAUGACCUGUGAUGAAGCAGAAUGGCACACUGUGGAAGCAGAAUAUGCUGAGUGGCUGCAUGCCAGAAGAAAAGCUGUCACUGUUUUUCAGAGAAAAGACUAAGAACAGACCAGAAUUUUCUCCUGAAACCUGAAAAAUGUUGGCACCUUACCUGGUUGUUGUCUAGGGAAUCCUGGACAGUGCUGUAACCCACCCAUUGUUCUGCUGCAUGGUUCUGUUCGUGUGCUUGUGCGUGUGGUAAAACAAGUCUGCCAUGUUCAGCAUUCAACCAGUACUUGUUCUGUUUGAACACCUGACUCACAAACCAUUUCACUGUAAAAUGCUGAGCUUUUCAGCUUAACCUACUCUUAGUCAGAACGACAGCUGCAAGUGCGUCAAAGAUGACCUGUUUGUUGAGAGGCCUGAAGUCAGACAUGCUGAUGUUUUGUCUGAAGCAGGGAGAAAGAGGCAUGCUGUAUGGAUCUGUAGAGGUUAAUAUACAAGUUGUUCAUAGUUGGGGCAUGUUUUUGUGGGGUGGAUGUGGUUGGGCACUUGUACAUGGAAGCACUGGUGUCCUGGCGUUGCCUCACUAGUUGGGUGAAAAGAAGUUUUCUCACCCUAGCAUGUUCAUGCUGUUGAAACCAGGAAUUAGGAAAAUAGUGUGCAGUCUGACUGGUUAAUGCCAUAUGCCGAGCUUGUUGAAACUUAAACAUCAGCAGGAAUGUUUUUCUUUUUUUCUUAUUUUUUAUUUAUUUAUUUUUUUCAACGUUGAUGGAAAGAGCAUAGAAUAGCUACGGAGAAGCUGGUAGCUGUCGAUAUUGUGGAUAGCCUAUUGGCAUUUGGAAUGGGUGAACUCACAUGUGCAGGUCAUGUUGCAAGAAACUGUAGGAAGUGGUGUGAGACGUUAGCAGUAAAACCAUCUAGCGAGUAGUGUCUUUAGGUUUUCAUGGGGGGUAGGGGCUGACCCUUGUAGAACUUGGGGGACAGUUGCUGGCAGAAUUACGGUUUGUUACCACGACAGGCAGCAGAUGAAUUCAAAUUGUGUCCAUAUUAUUCUGCAUCACCCAAUUAGGAUUUAUGUUCAAGGUGAGAAAGCUUUUUUAAAGGCCAGCGUUUCGUGUUACUAAGUGCUACUACACUUUCUGCCAUGGUCUUGACAUUUGACAGACAUUAUUACAUUGGGCAACUAAAAUAAUUGUCGUGUUCUCAUAGUUUUGUUGGGGAGCCACACAAAGUGCAUGAAAGAGACCAUUCAUUAAGCGAUGGGCUUGCCAGCUCUUGGACUGGCGAGUCCUCGGGAAAGCUUUGUUGGGACAGUGCAUCACAGCAUUGCUGCUAUUGUCAGAGUAAGCAAUAGGCAGUUGCCUCGUGCAUUUCACAUGUGGAAGUCUCAAGUGUUAUUCUCAGCAUUUUUGUUAUUUUAGUUUAACCUUCAGCUUGAGUGCAGUCUGGAAUGUCGGGCUUUUCAGAGUUGUUUUUUUUUUUUUUUAUCCUAUGUGGAUGGGGAAGAGGGUGUGAUGACUUGCCCUUUGCAGUCCACAAAUAUCACUCCAAGAAAAUAUGUUGGACUCAGUGCAACAGGUCUUGAAAGCCUUAUAGUUUCUGCUCCUUGCCAUCGUUAAUAAAUAUUAAUUUUGACUUCACA